CAAUUCACUCUAUAAAUAUGAACCUCUCUUAUUUCUUGUAGUCGUCCCUUAAUUUCCAAGUUCUAUAUCUCACACUCACACAAAAUGUCAACAGUGCAUGAGGAAGUUAAUGCAAAGUUAAAGGGUGAAGCUCACAUAUGGGAAGUGAUGCUUGCUUUUGUAGGCUCCAUGGCUCUCAAAUCCGCUGUGGAGCUCCGCAUCGCCGACAUCAUACACUCCCACGGCCGUCCAAUCACCUUGCGCCAAAUCGCCUCCGCCAUCGAUCCACCCGCCGCCGAGAUCACCACCCUCUCUCGCAUCAUGACACUUCUCGCCCGCAAGUCCAUCUUCACCGCCAGUCCUUCUCUGCCGUCAGACGGCGGCCCAUCCUCAGACACCCUCUACGGCCUCACCCCUUCCUCCCGGUGGCUCCUCCGCGACACCGAGAUGACCCUGGCGCCGAUGGUGCUGCUGGAGAAUCAUCCCCUGCUGCUGUCCCCCUGGCAUCAGCUCUCCAACUGCGUCACCGACGGCGGGACCGCCUUCAAGAAGGCUCACGGCCGCGAGAUUUGGGAGUUCGCCGGCCCAAAUCCGGAGUUUAACGCCAUGUUCAACGGUGCGAUGGCGUGUACAGCUAGGAUCACGCCGAAUGCCAUCCUGGCGGGGUACAAGGACGGGCUUGCUGACGUGGGAUCCCUCGUGGACGUGGGAGGCGGUACAGGAUCAGCUAUUGCUGAGGUGGCAUGUAAUAUUAUGGAAUUUGAAGAAUGAUUAGUCUUCUAAGACUUGAUGACAAUAAGACUCAUUUGCCUUCAAUGUUAAAAACCCUCAUAAUGCUUGCUAGUUAAGUGGAGAAUAAAUAUGUGUUUAUAACUACAGUAUUUUUUUACUAUAAGCGAGGGUUAUCAAUAAAAUUGGAGACUCGUUAAAAAAUGUAUUAAAAAUAAA